AUGUUGUCGUCGCUAAUCGUCAGCGGCCUCCUGGCCAGUGGUGUUUGCGCUUCGAGCAAAUCGGUUUCUGCAUACAUCAGCUCGGAAAGCCCAAUCGCUCACAGCAAGCUCCUCGACAAUAUCGGUCCAGAUGGUGCGAAGGCGCCCGGCGCGUUCCCCGGCGUUGUCGUCGCUAGCCCCUCCACGGACAACCCGAACUACUACUACAGCUGGAUACGAGACUCGUCUCUGGUGUUUAAGACGCUCAUCGAUGACUACGUCAACGGCAAGAACACGUCCAAAUCUCUGCGAAGCCUCAUCGACGACUUCGUGACCGCGAGCAGUGUGUUCCAACAGACGCCGAAUCCGAGUGGAAAUGUUAGCACGGGAGGAUUGGGCGAACCGAAGUUUUAUGUCAACGAGACUGCGUUCCUCGACUCCUGGGGUCGACCUCAGCGCGAUGGGCCGGCUUUGCGUUCCACGGCUCUCAUCACUUAUGCCAAUUAUCUGCUUGACAAUGACAAUACGACUUGGGUGAAGGACACACUGUGGCCUAUCAUUGAACUCGAUGUCAAUUACGUUUCGGACUUUUGGAAUUACACCACUUUCGAUCUCUGGGAGGAAGUCGCUUCUUCCUCGUUCUUCACGACGGCGGUGCAGCAUAGGGCACUGCGCCAGGCAUCAAAGUUGGCAAAAACCUUGGACAAGACCGACAACAUCGACAGCUGGAACACGCAGGCCGACAACGUACUGUGCUUCUUGCAGUCCUACUGGAAUGGCUCUGCUAUCAUUGCCAACACGGGUGGAGGCCGUUCAGGCAUUGACGCGAACACAGUCCUCGCAUCAAUCCACACGUUCGAUUCGUCCGCCGGAUGUGAUGCUACAACUUUCCAGCCAUGUUCCGACAAGGCACUCUCCAACCUGAAGGUAUACGUGGACGCUUUCCGCUCCAUUUAUGAAAUCAACUCCGGUAUAGACCCCAAUGCCGCGGUCGCAACCGGGAGGUAUCCUGAGGACGUGUUCUACGACGGCAACCCGUGGUACCUUGCCACAGCUGCCGUUGCUGAACAGCUGUACGAUGCCCUCUAUGUGUGGAAUACUACGGGCUCGCUCGAGAUCACGGACAUCUCGUUGCCCUUCUUCCAGCAAUUCGACUCCGACGUGAAAACCGGCACAUAUUCGGACGAUGACACAUUUGACUCCCUAAUCAGCUCGAUCCAAUCGUUCGCCGACGGUUUCUUGGAGAUACACGCGAAAUACACACCGGACGACGGUGCUCUCUCCGAGGAGUUUUCCAAAACAGACGGUUCGCAGACGAGCGCCGCCGAUCUAACGUGGAGCUACGCGGCGGCUUUGACUGCCUUCGACGCGCGCUCGCGCGACGCGGCGGUGAAAUGGGGGGCGAAAGGAUUGCAAGUGCCCGAUGGGACGUGCAAAACGAACGAAGGAGGAGAUGACGGCCUCGGUGUUCCAGUAACAUUUCUCGUGAAAGACGCGGAGACAGUUGAAGGCCAAUCCGUAUACAUCACAGGUUCAAUCGCUACCCUCAAAAGCUGGUCACCGGACGAUGCGCUCUUGAUGUCACCUAGCGACUAUCCGACUUGGACCCUCACCGUAAACUUGUCCGCGAGCGAAAGUGUUCAGUACAAGUACAUCAAGAAGGAUACCGCGGGCACGGUAAUUUGGGAAAGCGACCCGAACAACUCGCUCCUUGUACCCUCGGGUGGAUCCGUCACCACAGAUGAUACUUGGCGAUAG